AACGAUAGUAUUUCUUUUACUUUAAUAACAUUUAUUAACAUAAACGUUACCUUCUCGCGACAUCAAUUUUCACUAUUUGGCACUCCUCAGAACGGCGGUACCAAAUUAAAAAUUAUCCUAGAUUUAGCCUAAAAGGUAAAUACUUUUCGUUAGAAAGUCUUUAGUUUUAGUUUUCGGCUACCAGCCAAAUUAGCCGCUGAUAAUUAAAUUGGUGACAUAAUUAUAAUUUUUUACUUCAAAUAUUGUUUGCAGACUAAUUAUUGCUUGUAAUAAUAUAAAAUAAACAACACCAUAUUUCAAAUAAUGUUUUGUUAGGAAACAUUCUACAAACUUAUGACAAAACGCCGAAGGCACUGCAUGGGUAUGGUUUAGUAAGUGUGGCAAUACAAAAAAAAAAAAAAAAAGAGGUAAUAAUAGUAAUAAUAAAUAAGACAAGUUAAAAUUAUUUCAAAUAAUGUUUUGUUAGGAAACAUUCUAAAAACUUAAAACAAAACGCCGAAGGCACUGCAUGGGUAUGGUUUAGUAAGUGUGGCAAAAAAAAAAAAAAAAAAAAAAGGGCUAAUAAUACUAAUAAUAAAUAAUGCUAGUUAAAAGGCUAGUUGUGGAUGCCACGACGUCUUUUAGGUGUUUAUUAAAGUUGCCGUGAAUUAGGGUUCAGGUUAGGUUUACAGAUACAUUUAGGGUUUAGGUUAGGUUUAGGCUUAGGGACACAUUUACUUAGAUAUAGUGACAGAAUUAACUCACUGGUCUUCUCAACCAAGAUGGCGGACAAUCAUGGCAUCCGCGCUCAACAUUUACCAAAAAUUUUUUUUUCUUUCAAGACAUGAUGAUGAUGAAGAGGCUUAUGAAGAUCGAGAUACGAAAAAAAUAAAAUAAAUUUAAGAAGAGCAUUAAGCAAAUACUAAUACGUCUUCAAUUAUCAGCCGAUAUUAGGCUCGUAGCAGGACACUUUCUAAUGAAUAGUAUUCUAAUUUUUAAUUUGGCACCGCUGUUCUAAGGAGUACCCGCUAUUAAAGAAAUGUUAUGUUAUCUCUCACUUACAUAAUUAACAGCCACAGCUGGCCAUAAAGUAAUCUGGACAUAGAACAAAGACUGAGACCAAAGCAAUAUGGGCUAACUGUGACAUAAGUUAUGAGAAAUUAUGGGGCUAUGAAGAAUGACUUAUUAUUAUAUUAUAUAUUAUAAAUUAUAUUAUAUACUAUAUUAUGGUAAGGGAUUACUUUAUUGUACUAUACUAUAUUAUUAUAUACACUAUACUAUGUCAUGUUAUGCUCACAUUCAAGUCUCAAAUUUGGAGUCAAGUGCCUCAAGUUGUAAACUUAACUAAGUUUAGUAAGAAAGAAACUAAGUAAAGCCUAAAAUUUUAAGUAAGUGGUAAGCAUCGGUUAUGAAAAAAAUCCUGUUGUUCCUGUUUGAAGUGCUAUCUAAACAUGAUAUAAAAUGAGUAAAACAGAGUGGGUUAAACCUGAAAAAAAAACCGCAACAAAACAACGAACAUUUUGGCAGAAAGCUUUCUUCAGCGGACAAAACAAAAGAAAAAACGGUAUAAAAAUAAAAAUAAGAUAUAGCACUUAGCUUAGUAUCCGUGGGCAGCAAAAGAAAUCUAAACAUGUAUAUUUUAUUGAUAGAUAAAAUUAUUUUAUUGGUCUCAAUCAAUAGAUCGAAAAGUUUUUUUAUGACAUGACAUUGUACUUGUACAUAUUCAUUUUAGCACAUAUAUAAAUAACCCAAGACAACAUUUUUAAAAUAUAAAAAUUAAAAAAAUUUAAAAAAAAAUUUUGUGGCAAAUUUAACCAAUUUAUAAAUGAAAAGACAAAAGAGUUUGAGAUUAUGCAUAGUUCUCCCCCCAAGGUAACAAUGAAGUUUUUAAAAAUAUCAUCUUCAUGAAAAUGGUUGUGGAACAUGAACUCAUACAAAUAGGAAGAGAAAAAAUUUCGGCUUGUGCCAAACUGUCUUUUUAAUUUGCACUUUGCAUGCAUCCAUAUGUUUUGAACAUCCUGUGUGUGGACACCAGCUUCAUUUGGAUCAACAAAAUUUUGUUGAUGGACUACAAAGGAGUAUUCAUUAAUUCCGUGUCUUAUCUAGUAUAUAUUUGCUUAAGCUGUCCAUCCAUCCCAUGCAAUUCGUGAACCUGCAAUAUAUUUCUAAGUAUUCCUGUAAUGUGAUGGCAUGUUGGUCUAGCACUUGAAUGAUAAAACAACGCCCCCUCUCUCUUUCUAUGCCAAUUGACUCAUCAGUUCAGCAAUCAAUCAUUUUAGAACUUUUAAGAGACUAUCAUUAAUAAUGUUGACUUGUCUAUCAGAACUAUCUCUAUUCUGAUUAUGCCUACUUUUGCUAAUAUCACUGAAUGUUGUCUUUUUUAAAUCCUUUGUAUUAACAAUCCAUCGAACUGAAACUGGGCACAUAGACUCUUGGCUGAUGACAACACAUUCAAGUAAAUUUUCAGCCCCACCCCCAACCCCUAAAAAUCAGUUUGUCCUGUUUUUCAAGGGGAAGUUGAUGGAAAUAUGAUGGCACUGAUUUCAUGAAAUUAAAUUCCAGAUAACUGCAGUAAAUGAGAUUUAAAAAAAAUAAUAUCGCAGGUGCAUUGGUGCGUAAUAUUUUCUUUUGUAUUUCUGAAAUAGUUGGUGAAAUAAAUCUGCGUUGGAACAGUGGGUGGGUUAUUAGAAUAUUAAUUUAGUUCAGGGGCUUGAAAAAAAUUAAGUAUGUUACUUGUAUGCACAUUUUGUAAAUUUUCAGCGGCCCCCUCCCCCCACCACAUUGCUCAAUAUUAACUUUUUAAAAGAUUUUCACGUAAAACUUUGUUUUUAGAGGUUGUUUCAUUCUUCUAUAACUGUAGCUUUAGUAGGCAGUAUUAUAGUCAUAGAAGCAUUUUCUAAAAUCUUGUAUGUCUAUUAGACAACUGAAUGUUAUUCCCCUGCCAAUUCAGGUGCUGUCUUCUUACUACUGGGGUUGAUGUUUUUACUCAGAAUUUACCUCCCCCACACCAGAAAAACUACCUUAGAUGACUAAUGACUUCACUUAAUAUGGUUAAUGCAUAUAGCUGGGGAUUCCAACCUAAUAUCUCUUGUUUGGAAGGCAGAAAACAAUAUCAUUGGAAUUAAGUGAUGCACUAAUUCACAACAGAAGUAACAGAAUAACUACUUACUAUUUAUUAGCAUGGUAAAAGACAGCAUGAUAAAUUUGGUAAUCUCUCCAUGUUUAUUACAGGUGGAUGUAGGACUUUCCUUAAAUUAUUAUACAGUUAAAUCCUCCAAUGACUUUAUAGUUGGCCUAAGCUGCCAAUGUAUUUCUACUUGGCAUAGACUGUAAGAUCAAAUUUAGAAACUUGGUAAUAAAAGCAGUUUAGAAUUGAAAAUGGCAUCACAGAGUUUGAGAAAUCCAAAAGACCUAAGGAGUAUGGUAUCAGCUAGUUCUUUGGUAAGUUCUGUUGUAAUAUUUUUUUUUUGAAAAGUAAUAUAAUUAGAAUUUUUAGUAAUCAAACAUUUUAUCACAGACUUGACCAUUUUAUCAUGAUAUUCAUUUUUUAUUUAAAUACAACUUUUAUGUCAUGUUUUAGAAACAUACCAUGAAGUAAAAAAAUAUUAUAUUUUGAAAUUAAUAGAACAUUUCCAGACUGACUUUCAUUUCUGGGCAAAAUAUUAAUUUAAAUAAUGGAAAUAAUAUAUUUAGCCAGUUAAUCAGAGAAGAUUUUAUUUCAGAUUUUAAAAAUAAUAAUAAUUUGAUAUCAGAAAUUUGAUUUUAAUACAGGACAUGGAUGAAAUGCAAGAAAAUUUAGGUAAACUAAAGGCACUGUCAGAAGAUGAUAAAUUAGAAAAUUCCAAGUUACGCUCAAGAAUUGAUGAGCAGUGUCAGUUAAUAAUGAUACUCAAACAAAGAGCUGAUGAUGGAACUAUCAGAAUACAGACACUAGAGAAAAUCAAUAAAGAACUUUUGGAUUUUAGAGAUAAAGUUUGUAUUGUUAUUAUCUUAAAAAAUAAACAUUUGGUUAGUUUAAUGAUGAUCUUUUUUUUUUUUGGGGCUAGUUUUUUAUGGCUCAUAUCAAAAUCAAGUUGUUUAAAUAAGGAAAUAUUGAAAUUUCUAAUAAAAAUGAUUGUGUUAGGUGUAUUUUGAUCAGUAUCCUACUGUAUUUUGAUGUUUUGAUAAAAAACAAUAAUGUCACAUUUCAUACUAAAACUUUGCUUCUUUACUAUAAUUUGUAAUAAAGUUCAUAAAUGGGUUGCAAUUAAUAUAAAGUUUAUAUUGUCGUUCUUACAGACAAGCAAUUUAUCUUGAGAUUAAAAACCUCAAGUAUCAAAUUUAUCAGAUCUUAAUUACAUUUUAUAUUUUUAUUCAGAAAAUUUAUGAUGCUCUAUUUAUACUAAAUUUCAGGCUGAGACAAUGCUAAAAUCAGAAAUAAAGAAAUUUGAUAUUUUAGAUGGGCGCUUUAAUAAUUUGGCUUCAAAUCAUGAGGAGAUGAUACGAAUUAAAGAUGAGUAUAAACGUGUUAAUCAGGAACUGAGAGAGGAAAAUUCUAGGCUUAAGGAUGAGAAUGGAAGACUGUUUUCAAAUUCCAUUGCUGAAAAAGACAACAGAAUUUAUGAACUAGAAAAGAAGUGCACUUCGUUUCAAGAACAAUGUAUCACGUUAGAACAACAAUUAAGGUAUGUACAUAUUACACUACUAGAAUAAAUGACCCAAUGUCAUCGGGAUAAUAAUGGUAGGUUCUUUGCGAUAAUUUCUUCCUUCUAUUGCAAAACUCAUCACGAUUUCUAACUUUAAAAAGAAGUAGCUAUGUAAUGAUAUUUACGUUUCUAACAUCAUUAACUUUUGAGAAGUACUUAUCUGCUAUAUGUUUCAAAAGCAUUGAUAUCAUUGAUAAGCUUCAUAGAUAAAUAACUUAAUCUGACUGAAUUUGUAAAAAAAAAUUAGGCAAUAUCAAGUUGAGUGGCGGGCAAAAGAGGUUUCUCUACGGAAAGAAAUUUCAGAGCACCAGACUAUCAAUAGCCAACAAAUUAAAGAUCUUCAAAGUCUGCUUAGAUCAACAGAAGAGAAACUCAAAGGUAUUUAAAACAUGACUUAAGGCCUGCUUAACAAAAAUUGUACUUUAAAAAGUGUGGGGGGUAGCUUACCUAUUGGACUAUCUUGAAAUUGUUUAUCUAUAAAUAGAUGGCCAAUAUUGAAUGAGCCUUGCAUAAAAAUGAAAGGAUUUAAAUGUAAUGUUAAUGGAUCAAAUAUGAUACAAAAAUUUAUAAGUAAAAACUAUAUGUUAUUUUAAGUCUGAAAGAUACUUAGAGCCUAGAGAAUCAAUUGUAAAGAAUAUUUAUUAAUUUUUCAUAGACACAUCACAGAAAUUACAGAUGCAGCUAGAUGGCAAUCAAAGUCUUCAAGGUGAAACUUCAGUUAAACUACAGCAAUUCAGCAAGGAAAAGGAAGAGCUUCUUUCCCUUAUAAUGCAAAGAGGAAAAUUAAUACAGGUGAAUUUUGUUGUUAAUCUUAACUAGAAUAGAAACAAGAAAUGUAUCAAGUUGUUUUAGUAUUGUCACCCAUCUAGAGCCAUCGUGUGACUUUUGAGGGAUUCUGCCACUUUUUGUUUUUGUGCAGCUUGCAUUCAAAGUUGAUAAUUUAAUUUUUUUCUACUUCACAACUUUGGGUCACUAAAUUUAAAUAUAUGAGAAAGCUCUGCACCCAUCCAUUUUUCGGGAUUAAUUUGAAUAAGUUAGACUUCAUAAAAGUGAUAUUGUGUUAUAUCUAUCGGUAUCUAUCUUCAGUUGAGUGAUAUAAAUAGCACAACUAUUCUGUUUUAUCUGCAGAAAGAACAAGAUGAAAAUAAGGCUUUGAAAAAGAAAGUGGAAGGACUAGAAAAAGUUGUAAAGAGCUUGGAAGAAAAGUUCAAGUAAUAGUUACCAUAUUUUUUUCCUAAGAAAUGUAACAUCAGAAUUUAAGUCUGUUUAUUUGAAAGAAAACCACCUUUAAGUGGCAAUUUAUUCAACCAUAAAGCAUUAUUUUUCUUUUGUCGUAAAUUAAUUAUUAUACUACCUUGAUUAAAAGCAAACAUUUUCUAAAAAUUUUAAAAUAAUUUCAUGAAAUCUUGCUCUUAAUUUAAAUUUAUUAUAUUUAAGUCGGGAAGCAGAGGCAGUCAAUGCAAAUUUGAAAGUGAAAAGACUUUCUGAAGAGCUGGAAGGAGCUGAUAGUAAAUACUCACAAAUGGUGAAGGUACUUUCUUCAUUUUAUAAUUACAGUUAAAUAUUAGAUUAUUUUACUAGUAUAUGGGAAUAGAAAAAAGUCCAUCUUAAGUAAGACUUUUGUGAUUCUGAAAAGUUAUUACCAACAUUCAUGAUUUAAAUUGAUUUUUAAAUUGUGAUUGUUCUUGGCUUAAGGAAAUUUUAUUUAGAUUACUUGAUUUUUAGAAAUAUUUUUUCUCUCCAUUUUAUUCCAGAAUAAGAACAUUUAGUUUUUUUGUACUGAUAGUCCAGAAUUAGAGAAUAUAAUUACAUAUUUUUUUUAAAAAUUGUGAGUCAAAAAGAGAGGGAGUUUUUUUUAAAAAAUGAAUGGAAAAUAAAUUGUGAAAAUGUAGAAAUAUUCUUUUAAUGUAGUUGUCAUGUGCAAGCUGAUUUUCGUAACUGCAUAUGCAUUUUUAAAAUUAUUCUUAAUAUAGUGAUUUAAAAAAAUGCAGCCAAUGAAGCAUUUGAUAUUACUUUUAAAGAAAAGAUUAAUUAUUUUUUAAAAUUUAUAUAGACUCUAGGCCUAAUGUUGUUUUUUUAAAAUAAUGUAUUUUUAUACAUUUGCUACAGCUUAGGAUAUCAAUAAGCUUAACAUUUAUGGAAAUCCAAAAGACAUUUUUAGCCUCAUCGUCAUAAUUUUAUCACAUUUAAUCUCAUAUGUUGUUACUGAAAAGUACAGCUAUAAUUAGGUAUGUAACAUAUUAAUGUUAAAUAACAAAGUCUUUGUUCACUUGCUCAAGCUAGUCUCACAUUUUUUGCAUGCAAGGAUCCAUGUUUUGUUCUAUUUAUGGACACUCACAUGUUGGGUUACAUAUGAUUUUUUUGCUUUUUUUAAAAAUUUCUUCACAGUUGAAUUUUCAUAGUUAUGAUAAUUAUACUAUUAUUUGGCCUACUUGAUAAAUUAAAACAAAUAAAAUUGUAUUAUAAUUAAAAGCUAUUCUUAAACUUUAUCAUAAUAAUAUACAUUAUAUAGGCCAAUGCAUUUCAAAUAGUGGUUGAUUUAUUUUGUACUUAAUCAAUUACAAAUAUGUUUAUAAUAUUAACUUGGUGAAAAAUGUAUAAGCGAAGAAAAUAUGAGGGAAAUGUCAUCCUGCCUGACCUUUGCUUGAAGUUUGGAUACAGAUGCAGAAAAAACAACUUUUCAUAUAGAAAUAAAAUUAUAAAUAUUUUUUGUGUUAAAAAUUAAAGUUUGAAAUAGAUUUUCCUUUUCAAAAUAUUUAAGUGCACAACUGAUUAUAUAAAGUGAACUUAGACUAAAAUAAUGACAUAAAAUGUCAAGCAUUAUUUUAAAUUUGAAUUUAAACCAUGUUAAUAAGGAGCAAAUUUAAGUGGCCUAAAUAUGUAUUUUGAUAUUUUACAAGAAUGUUUUUUCAAAUAAUUCUAAGGACUAUGAAGCUUUCAAGAAACAUUCGAGUGAGUUGAUAAAAAGAGAAAAAGAAUUGAAUGAGAGACUGCGGCAGUUAUACUCUUGAACAUUCUUCAUUGCCUUUAUGAAGUAAGUGGAACAGCAUGCUUUUUAAAACUCUUUCUAUAUUUAAAUAUUUCUGUGACAAAUGGUAAUUCAAAAUACAGGCUACAUCAUAUUUUAAAGCCUUAGGCUACAUCAUUUUUUAUAGGGCUUUAAAAUUUUUCAGAAUGUACUGAUUUUAUCAUAACUUAAGCUUGCUGCUAGAAUAUCCUUGUUUCUAUUUCGCGUCAGCAAAAUGAAAAUAAUGAGAAUUUUUAAUUUGCCAUGUGACAAAGUUGUUAUGAUUAACUUAGUUUGAAUGAUAUUUGUUGGUUUGUUUUAACUAUUUCCUUCUUGUUUGUCACUAAUUUCGCUAUUUUGUGGACAGUUACAAUUUUUAAUACCCACCAUUGUCAUACAAAAAAUGUUAAUCUUCUUAAAAUUUGUAGGAUCCACAAAUGACCUGUGCAUAAGAAAAUUAUUUAAAAAAUCAGAACAACCAAGGAAAGGAAAAUUUUUUAAAUUCAAAACAACAAAGGGAAAAUUUGUAGUUGUUAAGUCAAUACAAAUAAAAUAAAAGGUUGUACCCCCCCAAAAAACAACAACUUGGUAGCGUCUUAAAAAUAGAAACUAUUUUCACUUUCCCAACAUCUAAUACCAUCUGAAAUUUUAAGGAAAGUUAUAGAUAUAAGGAAAUGUAUUAUUGUUUGUAAACCUACAAAUUAAAAUUAAAGUUUGUUUUCUAUCUAUUAUAUUUUUAACAUAAUUCAUUAUAGUUAAUUAUGAUUAUGUUUAUAACUAAAGAUUAGUUGUGCAGUAAAUGUAUCUAUGAUUUUUUUCCCCAGGAAAUUCGUGAUAACAUCGCAGUGGCUUUUUGUAAUGAGAAAACAUUACCAGUAGUGAAAAUGAUUAUCAAAGUCAUCAUCCAUUCAUAUACUAAAUGGAUGUAUCUAUGAAUUUUUAGAAAUGCAUACUUUAGAUAAGUGCAUAUAAAAAUUUUCAUUCUGGGAGAUUCGCAAGAAUUUUUUUGCAUUGCAGCAGGGUAUUUUGCAAAAAUGCACUGAUUGAUUUUUUUAAUUAAAAAAAACUCUCUUUAAAAUAUUCGCCUUAUCGAGACCAUUGAAUGAGACCUAGAGACCAUUGAUGAUCGGCAGAUCAACACUGAAGGGCACUGCUUUACAUUGUACAUAUGUCUUUAAUAAUGCACUGAAUAUUUAUUACUUAAGCUUUUGAGAAGAAUUUUAUUUCAUAUACAUUUUUUAAAGUAUUUGAAAAGACAGCAUAAAGUCUAAAGUGAAUGCAUUGAAAUCAUGUCAGAAAUCAAGUUAAUGCUUGUUUUAUUAGAUAUGUUGUAACUUAUUCUUCUUGGAAAUUAAUUUUCUAUUAAUCAGUAAGGCUUUAAAAUAUUCAUAUGCUUAUGAAAUUUUUGAUAUUAAAAGCAUUCCUAAUCCGAUUUAUGUAAAAAUUUAAAAAUUGUAAGCUAUAUUUACAUGUAAACUAUUUAUGAUAAUUCCAAUGAAAUAAACAUGAAUACAAUAUUAUAAAUUUUAAGUAUUACAAGCAUCAAUACUUUAGAACAUUGAUUUGAUGUUAGAUGACAAUAGCAAAGGCAUGAUCCUUUCUUUAUUACUUUAUAAAUCUUACCUAUCACAAUUGCUUUUUGUGCUGUAAAACAUUUAGCAUUUCAUUGACUUUUUUUGGUACAUGGUGGCUGAUAUUUACGCUAGAGAUGUUUUGUAUUUAAAUUGUUCUAAUUGUAAAAUGUUGUCUUGGUUACAUUAUGUGUUUGUU